UUAUACUACUACUGAUAUUAUUAUUAUUAUUAUUAUUAUCACUAUUAUUGUCACUAUUAUUAUUGGUAGUUACUAUGUACUUGUAUAUUAUAAAUAUAAUUGUAACUAUAAUCAUAACUAUGCUUUUUUUUACAAAAAAAAAAGCAAAUCUAAUUCUAAGUAAUCUGAAGUAAAAUGUACAAUGCUUUGUUCUGCAAUUGUACAUCCAAAUGUUCUGAAGUAAAAUGUAAAAUGUAAAAUCCAAAUCAAAUUUUAGACCUUUUAUGAAAAAUCAAGCAUAUAUGCAAUUGUUUUAAAGUAAAAUGUAAAAUGUAAAAUCCAAACACAAUUCUAGACCUUUUGUGAUGGUUUCCCCUCAUCUGGCACCACCUUGUCGUGGUUGUGAAGUAUAACUAUAUCAUCCCCAAUCAUUGUCGUGGUUCCUCAUCGGGUCAUCAAGCGCCGCCUGUUUGACAAAUGAUGUAAGUUUCUUGGUGGCAGAAGUCAUCACGUUUUUGCUGGAUUUUCCACCCCAAAAGGGCUCUUUUGAGAACUGCCUCUUACAUGACACCCUAACACGCUAUAGUGACACAAAUAUAUAGGAAGGAUUUCAGUCUUCCGCUCUAGACUUGUUUGUUCUUCAGCUCUUCAACUAAUAGAAGGAAAACAGCUGAAGUGAUGACAUAUGCCAGCCUUUCGAUUGUACUGACAACCUUGUCAAUAUGGGUGACUUCUUCUUUUUUCUUUUUCGGAGAUGAUGUCGCCUUUCUUCUCGAGACAGGAGUGCCUUUUCUUCUUGAGACGGCAGUGCCUCUUCUUCAUGAGACGACGGUGCCUUUUCUUGUUGAGACGACGAUGCCUUUUCUUCUUCGUUAUGAGACGACUGCGCUGAGACUACUCGUAGAAUCGUCUUAUUCUUCUUCGAAGCCCAUUUGCACCGGUGCAAGUUGUACUAUUGUACAAAGACUUAAUCUGUUUUUUCUUACAGAGUAGGAGGAUCUAUUCGGCAGUUCCCCUGUUGUUAUGAUACCUCUAUCAACUACACAUUAGAAUAAAGUUAACGGGAAUAUCGAUACAAUGUUACUAAGAGGUUGGGCUUAGAAGUUGUUCUAUUCACCUGAUUUGAAUGUUUUUUAUCUGAGUUUUUUAAUAUCUGGUGCGAUCUAUCUGAUGUUUUCUAAUCUGAUUUGAAUAUUUAUUUUUAAG